AUGGCUGCCGAUUAUAUGAAAUAAAUACUUUCAGCAGUUGUUUACUGUCAUUCUAAUAAUAUAGUACAUAGAGAUUUAAAGCCUGAAAAUUUACUUUUCGAUUCCGAUAAAAAAAAUGCAAAUUUAAAAGUUAUAGACUUUGGUACUUCUAGAAAAAUUGAUAAAUCUAAAAAAAUGACUAAAUUAUUAGGAACACCAUAUUAUAUAGCACCGGAAGUAUUAAAUAAAAGUUAUGAUGAAAAAUGUGAUGUCUGGAGUUGUGGAAUUAUUUUGUUUAUUUCAUUAUGUGGUUAUCCACCUUUUUCAGGUAGAAAUGAAGAUGAAAUAUUAAAAAAAGUUAAAAUCGGUAAAUUUAAAUUCGAUCCCGAAGAUUGGGACCAUAUAUCAAAUGAUGCUAAAUAAUUAAUAUAAAAAAUGCUUACUUAUGAUCCAAAAAAGCGCAUAACAGCUCUAUAAGCACUAAACGAUUAAUGGGUUUAAAAAAAUGCGCCUUCGAUUCCAAUAAAUUAAAAAUCUUUGCAAAAUCUAGCCGGUUUUUAUACACGUUCAAAGAUUAAAUAAGCUAUAAUGACCUUUAUUGCUUCUUAAAUGGUAAGCCAGAAUGAUAAAGAAGAACUUUAAAAAUCCUUUAGAUCACUAGAUAUUAAUGGAGAUGGUAUUUUGAGUAAAGAUGAGCUUGUUUAGGGAUAUUUUUAAGUAUGUGGAGAUAAGGAAAAAGCCAUAGCUCAAGUUGAAAAAAUUUUAGCUGAAGUUGAUACUAAUAAUUCUGGGAAAGUUGAUUUUACAGAAUUUCUAAUGGCAGCUGCUAAUAAAGAAUAAAUUUUAUCUAAAAUUAAAAUGGAAUAGGCUUUUAAAAUAUUUGAUUAAGAUGGAAACGGAACUAUUAGCAAAGACGAAUUAAGUAAUAUUAUGGGAAAUAUAGAAGAAGGAUUUUGGAAGGAAAUUUUAGAAGAAUGUGAUAGUAAUAAAGAUGGUGUUAUUUCAUAAAAUGAAUUUAUUGAUUUACUAAUUAAAAAAUAAAUAUAAGUUAAAUGA